AUGGCCGUCGAGUCGGUCGACGAGCCCGAGGCGGAGGACGUGUGGCGCGAGGCGCAGUGGGAAGCGGCGUGGCCAGGGCGGCGGGACCCAAAACCCGUCAUGCUCGCGGGUGGAGACGACGACGCGGUGGGGAGAUCUAGGAGCAUCACGGACGACGACCUGGAGGAGCUCAAGGGAUGCGUUGACCUGGGCUUCGGCUUCAGCUGCGACGAGAUCCCCGAGCUCCGGAGCACGCUCCCGGCGCUCCAGCACUGCUACUCCAUGACCCAGCGCCUCCAACCGACCGCCGCCGCCACCCCGUCACCUAGGCACCCGAGUGGCAGAUCCAGCUGCUCUUCAGGUGUUCUCUCCUCCAGUGGAGCACAUUAUCAAGCUGCCCUGCUUCCCUCGACCGACGAUGGCCCUGCUCCCCGCGACCAUGGUGGCAUCAGGCCCUCCACCGGCCGCUGCUGCCUGGUCACGGUCGCGGCCAGGCCAGGGAUGGACUCGAGCAUGGACAUGGGGUGGCUGGAGCACCAUUCCAGCAGGAGCACCAGCGCAGGCAUCGCCAUUGUAACAGUUGGACUGAAUUCUGAUGAUCCUGAACAUGUGAUGUGA